GGGCUACGUCUCAAUUUAGCAUCUUAACGGUGAUCACAGCGGCAGGGGUGGUGAGUGUGGAGCAUGACGGACACCCUUCGACCACCAUCCCUCCAGGUGCACGUCCCCCGGGACGAUCCCGGCCAUGGAGAGGGCGGAGGCGGAGGAGGUCAUGACAGCCUCGUCUGGUCCAACUCGUCCACCCCCACCCUGCGGCGCCGACGGUUUAAGAUGAGGCGAAUGAAAAAGCUGCCCAGUGAGCGGGAACGGCUUGAGAACGGGCUACAGUGGCAGCCAGGAUCACGCUCGGCUUCCAAAGAGUACCUUCAGCUGCCCUCCAUCGAGAUCACGCCGUCCAGCGACGAGGACGCGGCCUGGUCCAACAGCUCCACCCCGAGCGCCUCGCCCCGGCGCAAACGCUUCCUGCUUCGCAAGUGGCUCAAGGUGCGAGAGAAGAAGGAGCAAGGCAGUGAGAGCAGCAGUCAGCAGAGUAGCCAGCAGAGCAGCCAGCAGAGUAGCCAUGACGACGACUCCAGCCGAUUCCUGACUCCCUCCAUCCGUGAGGACAGGGCUGACGGUGGAGCAGACAAGUGUAGCACUGCCAGUAACUCUAACCGGAGUUCCCCUGCUUGCUCUCCGGUUCUGCGGAAGCGCUGUCGCUCUCCCACUCUGCAGAACGUCGAGGCGGAUAACAUGGUGGAGAAAGGCUCUGAGCUGUCCGACACCUCCAGGUCCCCGUCCACCCCUGAGCAACUGGUCACGCGCACCUUCUCGGGACAGUCCACGCGCAGCGGGGGCAAGAACUCCAAGUCUCACAAGCGACUUUCCAAAAAAAGCCAGAGCUGGUACAACCAUGAGAGACAGCACAUUCUCAGAGUCCUCAGUCCCACAUAUAAGCAGCGUAAUGAAGACUUCAGGAAGCUCUUCAAGCAGUUGCCGGACACAGAGCGUCUUAUUGUGGACUACUCCUGCGCUCUCCAGCGGGACAUCCUCCUGCAGGGCCGCCUCUACCUCUCCGAAAACUGGAUCUGUUUUUAUAGCAACAUCUUUCGCUGGGAGACUCUGCUUACAGUACGGCUGAAAGACAUCUGCUCCAUGACGAAAGAGAAAACAGCGCGUCUGAUUCCCAAUGCCAUCCAGGUGUGCACGGACACUGAGAAGCACUUUUUCACGUCGUUUGGUGCGAGAGACAGGACUUACAUGAUGAUGUUCAGACUUUGGCAGAACGCACUGCUGGACAAGCCACUCUGCCCUAAAGAGCUCUGGCACUUUGUACAUCAGUGCUACGGCAAUGAGCUGGGACUCACUAGUGACGAUGAAGACUACGUGCCGCCUGAUGAUGAUUUCAACACAAUGGGAUACUGUGAGGAGAUCCCAGCCGAGGAGAACGAGGUCAGUAAUGAUAACUCAUCCAAGAGCAGCAGUGAGAACAAACAAGACAACAGUUCACCUCUGACACACAAGAGAUCCAUCACCCAGUCCACCAUCACCUCCACCACACCUCCCAGCAGCACUGACACACCACUGUCUUUCGACAUUGCAGCUGAGGAGUACACAGACUGCCUUGCUGAUGGAGAUCUUCUGACUCUCCCUCUGCUGGUGGAGGAGAGGAACAGCGAACCGCCGAGUCCUCUGGGCCCCGUUCCUUCGCCUUCACUCGACUUCAACGACAACGAGGAUAUACCCACUGAUCUCAGUGAUUCCUCAGAGACGCAUGAUGAAGGAGAUGAGGUUCAAGCGUUCCACGAAGAUCUGAAUGGCCGUCACUACAUUAAUGAGGUGUAUAAAUUCAGUGUUGAUAAGCUGUACGGCAUCCUCUUCACGGAGUCCCAGUUCAUGACAGACUUUAUGGACCAGAGGAGAUUCACAGAUGUGGUGUAUCACCCUUGGAAGAAGGAGGAUGCGGGAAAUCAGACGAGAGAUAUCAUGUACACAAUCUCCCUGACCAACCCUCUGGCUCCUAAAACAGCUACAGUUACUGAGACUCAGACCCUGUAUAAGGCCAGCCAGGAGAGUGAGUGCUACAUCAUUGAUGCGGAAGUCAUCACUCAUGACGUGCCGUACCAUGACUACUUUUACACCCUAAACCGCUACAUGCUAACACGUGUGGCCAAGAACAAGUGUCGGCUGAGGGUUUCUACAGAACUGAGGUACAGGAAACAGCCAUGGGGUCUGGUGAAGGGCUUCAUCGAGAAGAACUUCUGGAGUGGGCUAGAUGAGAACUUUAAAAGCCUUGAGCUGGAGUUAGCAAAGAUGGAGGACGCUGUAAUGGAAAGCCACAGACUGUCUCCUAAAGCAGUGAAGAACUCCACCCUGAGGCGGAGGAAAAGGGGUCUCGCUCACCUCCGCACAGCCCAUCUAGAUGAGACGCUCAGCCCUGUUACCACACCAACAGACGACGAGGUCAUCCACCGCAUCAAACACGUGGCAGGUUCCACUCAGACAAGACAUAUUGCUGAGCACAUGCCAGGGGCCGGGAUUUUCAGCAACCUCUCUAAACCAUUACUCAUCAUCAGCUUUGUGAUCUGUAUAAGUCUGGUGCUACUGGUGUUUCUGAAUGUGAUGCUGUUCUAUAAACUCUGGAUGCUGGAGUAUUCUGCACAGAGCCUCACCAGCUGGCAGGGCUUACGCCUACAUGAGAGCAGUAAACUGCCGCAGACACAGAUGGAAUGGGCACAGCUCCUGGAGUCCCAGCAGAGGUACCAUGACGCUGAGCUGCAGAAAUGGAGAGAGAUCAUCAAAUCUUCAGUACUGUUAUUGGAUCAGAUGAAGGAUUCCUUACUGAACCUACAGAAAGGUGUGGGACUGCGAGAUUACAACUCGGACUCGGACGAGGAGAGGAGUCGAUAUUACUGACAGUCCCCCUCCAGGCCACCAGGGAGCGCUGUGCAAUGUAGAGCCACGUAUAAGAGCGAAAGGCAAAAAAACAAAGGGCCCAUCUGUGCGUGUUUGACUAUGCAUACCAAACAAAAGAGACACUUGAUAGAGACCAGAAGAAGAAGAGAUGGACCAGAUGCUGCCAUCGGACGAUCCAACGGGAUCCGAGUCAACCCGCGGGAAGUGGGGCCGUAUCUGUCCCGUGGAAUUGUGGGACGGUUACGGUCCGA